UUUUCCAUUUAAACGGUGCUGGCUGAUGUUGGGAUGCCGUGUGUAGUAUGUUCCAGAAAGAAGCAGCAUAACAUUAAUUAAAAUAACAUCGGACACAAAAUCAUGUCUGUCUUUGUAAAAAUGUUGGACUAACCAAAUUUCACUAUACCUACAAUGGAAUAUGAAUAUGAUUGUGAUUUUGAAGAAAAAUUGGUAAGAGAAGAAGGAAACAACAAAAACUACUAUUAUGUUUUAAAGUCCAAAAUCGGAGAAGGUUCUUUUUCCACAGUGUGGAAAGCUGAACAAAGACCAAGUGGUGAAGAUGUAGCGGUGAAGCAAGUCUUUCUCUCCAAACUCAACUCUCACCUCAGAGCUUCCUUGGACUGUGAGAUCAACUUUUUGUCUUCUGUUAAUCAUCCUAAUAUUGUUCACCUUCUUCACUUCUUCCAGGGUAAUGGAUGUGUUUACUUGGUUCUUGAGUUUUGUGCUGGAGGGAAUCUAGCUUCUUAUAUUCGAUGCCAUGAAAGAGUUCAUCAACUAACCGCCAAAAAAUUCAUCCAGCAACUUGGCUCUGGUUUAAAAGUACUACACUCUCAUGGCAUCAUUCAUAGAGACUUGAAACCCGAGAACAUUUUGCUAUCAAGCCAUGGUGCCGAUGCAGUGCUGAAAAUAGCUGAUUUUGGUCUCUCAAGAACUGUCCGCCCAGGUGAGUAUGUGGAGACAGUUUGUGGAACUCCAUCGUACAUGGCUCCUGAAGUUCUUCAGUUCCAGAGAUAUGAUCACAAGGCAGACAUGUGGAGUGUUGGGGCCAUGCUUUUUGAGCUUCUAAAUGGUUAUCCACCUUUUAAUGGCAGAAAUAAUGUUCAGGUGUUGAAAAACAUAAGAUCAUGUACCUGUCUUCCAUUUUCUCAAUCGGUCCUUUAUGGAAUGGAUUCUGCCUGUCUUGAUAUUUGUUCAAGACUACUGUGCUUAAAUCCAGUAUUUCCACCUUGUUGCAGUGGAGCGCCUCUCUUUCGAUGAAUUUUAUUUCCAUAGCUUUCUACGAGGAAAAUCAUUGGGACCUUGACAGCAAUCCCCUCUUUUAUUAUUUCCAUAGCUUUCUAGAGGACUUUACUUGCUGAUGACUGUUUGGUUGUGAGUAGUACGUAGUAGCAGUAGGAAUGGUUCCAGCUACCAUAGCAUGGAUGAGGAUCAGAGUGAGGAUUUUUUUUUCCACUUUUGAGAAGUCUCUCUGUGUGUAUAUAUAAGAUGUCAUAAAAGAUGGUUGUGUUGUUUUAAUUCUUCAUACCUUGUUUAAUGGUGCAAUGUAUACCCUUCUUGUACA